AUGACAGAAUCCUUUUACCACAGCGCUGCAGACUUCCUCUCAUCGACUACUAUGAGCGAACAGGUUAUGAGCCCAAACGGGUCGUCUGACGACAACUACACGGCACAGGCACCGCCGACUAACAGUCACGCAAGGGCUGCGUCGGAGCCUGCCGUGGUCGUACCAUCGCACGCUCACGCAAGGAGCGCGGACAACGAUGCGCUGGAGAAGGUUCUCAAGUUGCUGAGCGGCAUGGACGAGCGCGUUAAGAAGAUGGAGCCGUCCCAGGCAAGGAUUGACCAAGACGAGCGCAUGCGUGGAGCGGUGGACAGCGGAAUGUUUACCUCAAUGAUUGGCGCGGACUUCGCGGGCAAGCUUCACCGUGACGCGCUUGACUGCACGGACUUGACAAGCCACCAAGCGCGCUUGUGUGUCGAUCGUCAGCGUGCGCAGCGCGCACAGCAGCCACCUGUCCAGAUACCAGCGUAUCAGCCUUCGCCUAUGCCACAUCGACAGGAGUCACCAGCUGCGCCGAUGUAA